CCCAUGCUAUGUUGUGCUAAGUUCUCUCCUAAUAUCAUAAUUUUUAGAAUGAUGUUGACAAACAAAGCAGGAACUGUGUUGUAUUUUCCAAUAAUACCAGAUACCAGACUACUAUUUUAUUUCACAAGGAAUACACAGCAAGCUCUUGGCUGUGAUAUCUAUUACAGUCAUGGCGCCUAAGAAGAAGAAUGUCAAAAAGACCAAGGCCGAUAUCAAUGAGCUGACAAUCAUAGUGGAGGAUGGUCCUCUCAGCAAACUGAAUGGUUUGAAUGGCCUUCUGGAAGGAGGCAAUGGCUUCAGCUGUGUCUCAGCUGAGGUUUCUGAUGCUCUCUAUAGCCCCAAUCUCCUGGAAGGGCUUUGCAGAAUGAGGCUGGAAAACUUUCUCUGUGAUUUAGUCAUUGGCACCAAAACCAAGUCAUUUGAUGUCCACAAGGUGGUGAUGGCUUCGUGUAGUGAUUACUUUCAUAACAUCUUAAAGAAAGACCCAUCUACUCAGAGAGUCGACCUCAAUGAUGUAUCUCCGCUGGGCCUAGCUACUGUCAUUGCAUAUGCCUACACUGGGAAGCUCACGCUCUCACUGUACACUAUAGGUAGCAUCAUCUCCACAGCCAUUUAUCUUCAGAUCCAUACCCUUGUGAAGAUGUGCAGUGAUUUUUUGAUGCAAGAAAUCAAUGUGGAGAAUUGUAUGUAUAUUGCCAACAUUGCAGAGACCUAUGGACUAAAGAGCACCAAGGAAACAGCACAGAAAUUCAUAAGAGACAACUUCAUUGAGUUUUCUGAAUUGGAUCAGUUCUUAAAACUAACUUUUGAACAGAUCAAUGAACUUCUUGCAGAUGACGACUUGCAGUUGCCCUCUGAACUUGUUGCAUUCCAGAUUGCAAUGAGAUGGCUGGAAUUUGACCAAAAAAGAGCCAAAUACGCUGCUGACCUCUUGAGCAACAUCCGGUUUUGUACCAUCUCUGCUCAAGAACUAGUGAAUCAUGUUCAAACUAUACCAAGAAUGAUGCAAGAUGCGGAGUGCCAUAGACUUCUAGUGGAUGCCAUGAACUACCACUUACUCCCCUACCACCAGAACACCUUGCAGUCUCGAAGAACAAGGAUUCGUGGAGGGUUACGGGUCCUGGUUACAGUUGGGGGACGCCCAGCUUUAACAGAGAAAUCCCUUAGUAGAGACAUUUUGUACAGAGAUCCUGACAAUGGAUGGAAGAGGCUUACCGAGAUGCCAGCUAAAAGCUUCAACCAGUGUGUCACUGUGAUGGAUGGAUUCCUCUAUGUGGCAGGUGGUGAAGACCAGAAUGAUGCCAGGAAUCAGGCUAAGCAUGCAGUCAGCAAUUUCUGCAGAUAUGAUCCUCGUUUCAACACGUGGAUUCACCUGGCAAAUAUGAAUCAAAGGCGCACUCAUUUCAGUUUGAAUGUGUUUAAUGGCCUCCUUUAUGCCAUUGGUGGCCGCAACUCGGAAGGAUGCCUCUCUUCCGUUGAGUGUUACGUCCCUGCAAUUAAUCAGUGGCAAAUGAAGACUCCACUGGAAGUGGCUAGGUGCUGCCAUGCUAGUGCGGUCAUAGAUGGUAGGAUCCUGAUCACUGGAGGGUACAUAAAUAAUGCUUAUUCUCGUUCAGUUUGCAUGUAUGAUCCAGCUAGCGACAGCUGGCAGGACAAGCCCAGCCUGAGCACCCCACGAGGGUGGCACUGUGCUAUUUCCCUUGGGGAAAAGGUCUAUGUCAUGGGUGGGUCCCAACUAGGAGGUCGAGGUGAAAGGGUUGAUGUCCUUCCUGUUGAGUGUUACAGUCCUUAUUCUGGCCAGUGGAAUUAUGCUGUUCCUCUUCCAACUGGUGUGAGCACUGCUGGUGCUUCCACCCUUAAUGGGAAAAUUUACUUGGUGGGAGGCUGGAACGAAAUAGAGAAGAAAUACAAGAAAUGCAUUCAGUGCUACAACCCAGAUCUUAAUAAAUGGACUGAGGAGGAUGAGUUACCUGAGGCUACUGUAGGAGUGUCUUGCUGUACCAUUGCCAUGCCCAACACUAAGACCAGGGAGUCCAGGGCUAGCUCAGUAUCUUCAGUGCCCGUCAGUAUUUAAGUAUUUUAAAAUGUAGCUAUAGGGGAGCUAGGUUAAAAAAAUUUAAAUGUUUACUUUACACAGCUGUGUUGCAAAACCUUUAAAGAGCCUUUCGUGCCUAUAGGAAGGGAUGGAAAACUUUUUUUUUUUUUGCCAAUAGCUAUUAAUUUCACUUUUGCAAAACUGGUCAGUUUUUAGGGUAUUUAAAAUACAUGGUAUGACUUAAAAGAUGUACAACACAAUCCUAUGCAUGUUUACUGUAAAGGAAGUCUCAUUGGCUGACAUCCUGACUAAAUUACUGUACUUGACUGAUGUCCUAUUGAAAUUAUGUCAUCCUUUAGAGUAACUCUUGAGUAACUUAGUCUGCUUGCCAUUGAGUUCAAGUAAGUGUGCAUUGGAUUCCAGCAUGAAAAAUGUAAUUGAUUUGCUUACACAGACUAGAGGGCUCUAAUAUGUCCUCAGACUUUAACCAUUCUUUAGAACAGGGCUGCUCAGCUUCGGCUCUCCUGCAGAUGUUGGCCUACAGUUCUCAUAAUCCCAGCCACUGCAGCUGGGAAUUAUGGGAGUUGUAGUCCAAGAACAGCUGGGGGGCCUAAGUUGAGCAGGCCUGCUUUAGAAAGAUGCCCAGCUUCUCUCAAGGUCUAAUGCCCAGAUUGCAUUUGGAUAAAGGUCUGUAGAUCCUGACAUUCAUCACUUAAGAGUAUGGGAAACUAUAUUAGGCAUUUAUUUGAGAAACACCAUAUUAACAUGCCACGUAGAACUUAAAAUAUCAGCUUUGAUAUAUUUGUGCAAUGCACAGGGCUGUGUAGACAACUUCAAGAUCCAAGAGUGUCCAUAAUACUCUGGUUACUUGUGCUCUGUAACCAGAGCAAAGCACAUUCACUAUAUUUUCUUCCUCCUACAAUUGCCAUGUGCAGAAGAGUUUUCCUCCUCCUACACAUAUACCUUAGGCUUUACCCUUGGAAAAUAAGUAGGUUAAGAUAGGUCCUUCUCAGCGAAUGAAUGGAAGGGAACAAUCCACAUCCCACUGAGUUAAUGGCAAAUUCCCCAUUGUUGUUAAUGGCUCUGGGUGAGGCACUGUGUCUGAAUCUAAAUUCAUCUUGAUCAUACCAUGUAACCAGAUUCCCCCCCCCCCAAAUGAGCAAUUGCAGCAUUUUUCUAAAUGCCAUUAUAGUAGAUCCAAGGGUGGGGGGAAUUACAUUAUGUUUUCCCCCCACUGCCACCCCUAUAUGGUUUUCUAAAAUACUGUCCAAAUUAUUCAUAGCAAUAGGUAAGCUAAAGUGCAAAAGACUCUUUGGUCCAAUUAGGUAGUUCAAGUAGUGCUGUUUAGUGUAGAAUGACAGGGGAAGUUUUGGGGAUCCAACACCUGAAUGUUAAUUUAAUAAAGCAUUACCACUUGAAUUGCUUUUAUGCAGUAUGGAAGAAGAAUAUCUGGAUGUAACUAAAUCUGCAAAAAGUCUGCAAAGCUUUUUCUGUUAAUAUACUUGAAUGGCCCAGUAAGUGUUGGUUGGUCAAACUUCAAAUCAAUCAUGUAAAGAGAAAUAACAUCUCUUCACAGUCUGCAAGAAAAAUGACGUGUGUGUGUGUGUGUGUGUGUGUGUGUGUGUGUGAUAAAGACAAAGUAUGUAGGUCUCUGGGCCUAUUCAGCAAACUGAAGAUCACUGUGGGUAUGGGGCCACAUGCCCACCCUGCCCUGAUGUAUUCCACAGAAGAUCUAAACCGGGUGCACAGAAGACAGAUUGUGGCCCAUAGAUCUCUGGCCAAUUUCUGCUGGACCAUCCAGUGCCUGCUGGUUGAUGGGAUUCUUACCAAGAAUGGUGGACUGGUUCACCUUGGUCUGAUCCAGAAAAGCUCUUCUGGGCGUUUUCCAGACUAGCUGCUCAUCAGCAGCAAAAUGCCUCUGGCUUUGAAUGCAAGUGGCAUUCGGAACGUAAACAGCAGGAGGAGCAGCCUUGCAGCCACUAACAACCCAAAAAAACAGCAACUUUUCCACACCUGGUAUAUGAUGUCCUAGCUCUAUACUGCAGUGAUUAAAUUCGCGACAAGGCAUUGGAAAUGUGAACGGUGCCCUGCUGUCCACGUAGGGACUGCAGUGUCACGACGCAGGAAGUGUGGAAACACACUUCCGAGAUUCGUCCUGACCCCGUUGUAGGGUCUAGUCUGGAAAGCGCCCAGCAAGAGUUGCAUUCACAGGAUCACUGAAGACAGAUUGUUAUGUCUUAACUGUUUGGAGGUUCUUAACUGUUUGGAGCAUGCAGCCUUGCUUUGUGGGACUGAUGCAUCACAAGGACUCUAUUAAAUAACCAAAGCAGGAGUGGACAAUAAGGGCAGUGUCGGGGCAGGGGGUGGCAAGAGGCACCUUUAUGGAAGUCAUAAGCAGGUGCUUACCAUCAUGUAAGCAGCACCUGCAAGCUGUGGUGCUCUGCCUGCAGUCCUGUGCAUGGCCCUGGUCUCUGUGUGUAUGUUAAGGAUCCACACACACACAGUAGCUAAGGCUACACCGCAGCCCUGCCAGAUGCCGGGCAGAGCACCACCACCCUGCACAGGAUUGUGGGCAGAGCACCACAGCUUUCAGGUGCUGCUUACACAAUGGUAAGCACCUGCUUAUUAUCUCCUCAUAGGUGUCUGUCACCACCCUCACCAACCACUCCUGAGCCAAGGUAAACCAUAUUAUUCAGCUUGCCCCUGAUUGAGAUGGCAUGUACAGUAGACAUAAUCUCCUGUCCCCGGUUUUGAGGGAUAAUUAUUUCAUGUUAUCAAACAUGUCUACAUAGGAAUGUGCACAUUUGCCUCGUUUCAGUGGUACAUUGGGUGGCUUCACAUGACCACUGGCAAUCUUUAAGUGGGGAAAAUAUCAGGGAUAUGUUGGGAACUGAGAGAGUGCAUUCCUGACAGGUGUGCUGUCUGAACCAGAUCUAGUUCCCGUGCUCUCCACCUGACAUUCUCCCAAGACUCUCCGCCUGGCUUCAAAUCUUGGUUGCGGAGGUAGGGAGAAUGUCGAGUGGAGAAUCUCGGGAAUUGGGCUUGGCUGGGUUUGGGCAACAUGCCUGCUGAGAGCGUAUGCUCUCCAUUCCCGACAUAUCCCCAGCAUUUCCCCCACUUGCAGAUUUACCAGCAGUUGUGAGAAGCUGCCCACGGGAUACAAGUGGGAAAGAUGGGCAGUUCUGUCCCUCCUCACAGUUGUAUAUUCACUUUCCUAAAAUAUGUUCUUCAGAUUCUCUCUGCAUUAGGAUGUAUUGAGAAAAAGUGAGAGGAAAGAAAGUUGAAUUUUUGCAUUGGGAGAUUAGAGAUGGUGACAAUAGUAGUUAGGUUUUCCCCCCUUGUCACUGUAAAUAUCACAGUCAAAUUGGAGAUCCUUUGAAAGAUCCCUUUAAUCACUUUCUCUGUUAUCAGCAGUUUAAUAGACACAAUGGAAUGCAGCUGCUUUUAGAAGUCAAGUUGUUGAAUAUAAAAGUAGGAGAGCAGGUCUUGAAAGAAAGUGAGAAUCAAACUGGAUGAGACAUUAAAUACAUCAUUGUCUGUGUAGUUCUUCCCCCUUAAAAUAAGAGAUAUGGAGGGGUCAGUCAUGCUGCAGGUAGAGAAUUUUCCUAGUGAACACCCAUGCAGCUAUUUGCUCCCAAGGGUGCCAUUACAGCAAAUUGUACCUUCAGGGACAAAUAGCCACUUCAGAGAGGAUUUUUGACAGAACAGUGAGGGUACAAAGGUAUGUGUAGUCAUAGCCUGGAUCCCUCUCCCCUUUGGCUGCUAUUUUAAAGGGAAAAUAUUGUGCCAAAAAAGGGCACCUUUAAUGUCUAGUCUGGUCUUGGAACUACCAGGAAGUUUCUUUUACAAGGGUUUGCAUUACUGACCAAGAUCUUAUGUUUGGGAAUCCAAUGCAAGGGGGCCUUGGAAAAGUGAAUAUUCCUAGUCACUUCUGUGAGCUGGAAUGCUUUACUCUGGUAUGGAUUGUGUUAGGGUUGUGGCUUUUUCCUAGGUAUGAGUUGCAGUUAUCAAGCACAAGAACAAUCAGCCUGGUUAUCUGUGUCUCUAAAAUGAAGAAAUCCUGGGCAGACAAAAGAGAGUACUCUUUCAUACAAUGCAUAGUUGAUGUAAUUUUUAUUUAUUUAUUUAGUACAUUUCUAUACCGCCUCAUACAAAAAAAGUCCCAAAGUGGUUCACAAUCUAAAAAGAACCAUUAAUACAAUUAAAACGGUUUUAAAAUACAGAUAAAAGGUGUAAAACCCAGAACUUUAAAACUAUAAACUAAGAGCCUGACUAAACAGGUAUGCUUUCAGGUCCUUCUUAAAAACAUUCAGAGAAGUGGAGACUCUAAUUUCAUUAGGAAGCGCGUUCCAGAGUCCUGCGGCAGCUCUAGAAAAGGUCCAGUUUCAAUCACCAUCAACCGAGCUGGUGGCAACCGCAACUGGUUGAUCUUAAUAGGAGGUGGGGGUUGUUGCAGAAGAAGGUAUUCUCUUAAAUACCUCAGACCCAAGCCAUUCAGGUCUUUAUAGGUAAUAAUCAGCACUUUGUAUUUUGCCCAGAAACUUAUUGGCAGCCAGUGUAAUUCUUUUUAAAUGGGUGUAAUGUGAUCUCAAGGUUUCAGUAGGUCCAUCAGUUUCAACAGUGAUACUCACUGGGACAACAUUGCUUGUGUUAGAAGUAAAAAUUUGCAAAUCUGCACCCUCAGUCAACAUACUCCAGACUCAUUUCAUUGGCUGAGAUGUUGAGGAAAAUAAUUCAAAAAAGUCUCAUUGAAAUUAAAAUGACAUGUAUGUUGUUGCCUAAUGUGUCAUUUUAAUUUCAGUGAGACUACUUUGAGUAAUUUUCCUCAGUCAGCUACUGGAGUUAGUGAUACUUUCCUCACUAAACUCAUCUGAGGAUUGUAACUCAAGACAAUUAUUCCAAGAAUGAUUGUAAUGUUGUGAUGCUACUUGCUAGGGUUGGCAGCUUUUAUAUUGGUUCUGUUUCUGUGCCAUUAACAGAAACUUGGCACACAGAGAUUGUGGCUGUGAAACUUUUCCUGUCACUGCAAAUAUGUGGUGGAGAGACCCUCCCCUGCUAAUGUUCUGACAGGCAGCAGUUAAAGGUGUAGAAGCCAGAGCAAUUAAAAAAGUGGCAACCCUUCAGGCAACAAAGAAGAAGCCUACAACAUGUUGACAGAUUCAAAGAGGAUGGUAAUAAACACAAAGGAUAAAUGGGUAUUACUCAGAAGACAGUGUGAUACUGUUUGUUGCACUAUAAUAUCCAGAUGAACUUGAGAGAAUAUGGGCAAGUGAUUAUUGUACACAAUAACUGGAUAUAAGCUGUAUGAUAAGAGAGGAAGGUUACUGUCACUGGAAACUGAAUAAUACAUUCAAAUUAAUAAACUUGAUGAUAAUUCACCAAUACAUGAUGUAAUAGAUUAUGAAUACAUGAUUGUAGGUUUCUAUGAAUGUGAAUGACAGAAGGCAUGCUAUAUAGUGUAAAGCGAAAUUUGCUUUCUUUUUGCUUCUCUCCUUCAUUACAAAUUUUAGGAAUGGAAUGGCAUUUAAGCCCUAUUCACAUGCUACAGAUCUGUAUGCAGGUGCGGUUAUUCACACAUGUUGAACACAGGCACAGCAGUACACUUCCCAGGUUGACUUUUAAAAUUCAGGCACAGUCAUUCACAUAAAAACAUGUAUGGGUGUACAAACAUUUGUAUGCAGGUGCACCAACUAAUGUCUGAAAAGGGCUUUUAAUACUGUGGUGCCUGUAAGCAUGCUUUAAAUGGAUAGGAUUAUAAAACAAAAAUGCUUUCAGGUUGGAAUGCAAUAAUUACAAGGGAACACAUACAUUUCUUGGAGGAAGAUGUACAGUAUUGAAACCUUACCAAGAUCAGUUUGUCUCUCAGAAUCUAGAAUUCGCUGUUUAAUUAGCAAUUUUGCUUGAUCAUAUCCCACAUUACAUAGGAAUGAAGAGGAAAGGAUCAGUGUAGCUAUUUCAGCCUCAAUAGUCUGAAACCAACCCAGCUAGUGCUAGAUUUUCAGAGUGGGAGAAAAGAGACUAGACUCAAAUUCCCAGACUGCUUAUCCAAACUGGCAAACGUGUGUCACUUUUGUCAAUCAAUUUCUAUUUGACCAGCAUAGGGUAGAUUACAUUAAGAGGAGAGGAGAGCCAGUCUUGUGGUAGCAAGCAUGACUUGUCCCCUUUGCUAAGCAGGGUCCACCCUGGUUGCAUAUGAAUGGGAGACUAGAAGUGUGAGCACUGUAAGAUAUUCCCCUCAGGGGAUGGAGCUGCUCUGGGAAGAUCAGAAGGCUCCAAGUUUCCUCCAUGGUGGCAUCUCCAAGAUAGGGCUGAGAGAGAUUCCUGCCUGCAACCUGGGAGAAGCUGCUGCCAAGUCUGUGAAGACAAUACUGAGCUAGAUAGACCAAUAGUCUGACUCAGUAUAUGGCAGCUUCCUACGUUCCUAAGACAGCAUUAAAACAGACUAUAUCUGGAACUGCAGAGAGGCUAAAAGCUAUAUAUUGUUAUAAACUGCAGUGAGCUAUCUUAAAACUGCGGUUGGAACAGGUAAAAUUAGUGUAAAAUGGAUGAGACUAUAUAAAAGCUUUAAGUGGCUAAAAUCUUAAGAUUGUAAAAUCAAUUUGUAAAACUAUAAAAAGCUAUGAGGUAUCACUUUUGUAUCAACACAUGGUUGCAACUCUGACCCUAUUGCUGAAGGUCCAUACCUCUCAGGAUUUACCCAGUAUUGUUUAGGGCAUGUCUCCAGUCGUGGUAGUUCAUCCAGUUCAAAAUCUUUCCUUAAUUGUGAUACAGUGUGGGUUGCACCAGAUGAGUGAGGAAAUAUUUAUUUUAUUUAUCAUGUUUUUAUACCACCUGAUAUAUAAAUCUCUAAGCAGUGUACAAAUUUUAAUUUUAAAAAUCACAGGUUAACACACAAUAAACACAAUAUAAAACAAAUUAUUAAAAUUCUAAUUAAAAGCUUGCAAGUACAGGAUAGCCUUGAGGGUCUUCCUGAAAACAACCAGAGAAGGAGAUGCUCUUAUUUCAGCAGGGAGCAUAUUCCAAAGCCCUGGGGCAGCCACAGAGAAAGCCCGGUCCUGAGUCGCCACCAGACAAGCUGGUGGCAACCAUAAUGGGACCAUUCCAGAAGAUUGUAGAAGGCAGGAGGAUUCGUGGCAAAGGAGGCACUCACUCAAGUAGCCUGGACCCAAGCCGUUAAUAUACACAACAGCUAACAUUCUGAACUUCCUUCCUACAAGUAAGUCCUAUUGAACUGCGUUAGUAGAACUUAACUUCUGAACUGUGAUUGUUGAAGAUGGGCUAAAAAUGGAAAAGCUCCCAAAUGACUCCAGUGCUGGCAGAUUGGCUAUCCCUAUGUCUGGGGCAGAUUCAGAAGUGGUCUCCAAUCCAGCAUGAGGUGCUGCUAGAGAGAAAAACAAACAAGGAAGACUUGGUUUCACAUGUGCAUGCUACUGCAGAAUGAACACUUCUCAAACACAGCCCAGUCGUUACCUUUAUUAAAGCAAUGCAGGAUUAGGCUGAACACGAUUGAGUCUAAUUGAACAAUUAAUUCAACAGGGAACCUGCAGAUUUACUGAACUACUAUAAUCUGUGUGCCUUGCCUUACCAUGCCUUUCAGCUGCCUUUAUUACAUUUGUACAAUUCCCAAAACAGAAUGAUGGGUUCUUUUACUUAAGGGUGACUUGUAUGUUUUUUUAAAGGUUAUUCCAAAGAAAAUAUUUGAUUGCAUUUUUGAAAAAUGUAUCCAGUUUAAAAGGUGCACUGUGAAGUUCAGCUUAAGCAUAUUCUUGUUUAUACGUCUUCAUUAAGGCAAAACCCAGCAUUCAGUAAUAUGAUUAUACAUUGUUCAGAUGAUGUGUGAUUUAUAGUCUUUGUGCUUCUGUGCUAAUCUUUUGAACAAGAGGGAAAUGAAGAAAAUGUGAUCAAGCAAGAUCUCUUCUACAAGGGAGUAAAGUGAUGCUGGCAAGUUGGAAAACACAACAAGGUUUGUCAAAUCUGAAAUCAAGAAACACUGUUAUUAAAACAGAAGUCGAUGCUGCUGUAUUUUAAAAUAUAUACAGAAUGUGUGGCUGAAAGAUACCAUCAAGGGCUUAAAAUGAUACCAACCAAGGAAAUAAUAAAAGAAAAUAUUAAUCCAA